AUGGCCACCAACAGCGAUAUUCGGACUUCCGAGCUGAAAGAACCCGUCGAUGUGGCUGUCUACCUGUUCACCAGGCUUAAACAGAUGGGAAUCGAUUCCGUUCAUGGUGUACCCGGCGAUUUCAACCUGGUAGCCCUCGAUUAUUUGGAGGGCUGUGGCCUCAAAUGGGUCGGCAACUGCAACGAGCUCAACGCCGGAUACGCAGCCGAUGGCUACGCCCGGAUCAAAGGAGGCCCUGCUGACAGUCACGCUAGCUUUGCCGAGUACGUGCCGGUGGUGCACAUUGUUGGCACGCCCAGUACGAUUUCUCAAAAGAAUGGCAUGCUGCUCCACCACACUCUCGGAAACGGGAACUUCCAUGUCUUUGCGGACAUGGCUGCCCACCUGGCAAUCGAAGUUGCCAAGUUGAUCGACCCUCGCGACAUUGCAGCUCAGAUUGACCACGCCCUGCGCGAGUGUUUCCUCCAGAGUCGACCGGUCUACUUGACAUUACCUACGGACAUGGUGGGACGAAAGGUUGAGGGAUCAAGGCUAAGGACGAAGCUGGACCUGAGUCCCCACAAGAACGAGCCGGAGAAAGAAGACUAUGUGGUCGACGUGGUGUUGGGAUACCUGAGCAAGGCGAAGAAUGCCGUCAUCCUGGUCGACAGUUGCGCCGUCCGUCACCGCGUCCUCGAUGAGACCCAUGAGCUGAUUGAGAAGUCCGGAUUGCCUGUGUUUGUGGCCCCGAUGGGUAAGGGCGCCGUGGAUGAAACUCUGCCCAACUUCGGCGGCAUAUAUGCGGGAGCCGCGUCAAAUCCAGGGGUCCAAGAUCGCGUCGAAUCUGCCGACUUGCUCUUGACCAUUGGUAGUGUCAAAUCCGAUUUCAACACCGCCGGCUUCUCGUACCGGACCUCCCAAUUGAAAACCAUUGACUUCCACAGUACCUACACUCGGGUGCGAUAUUCGGAAUAUCCCGCGGUUGGCAUGAAGGGCGUCCUUCGCAAACUCAUUGACAAGCUACCGAAACUGAACAUCCAAUCCGUUCCGACUCCUUCCCAAAAAAAGAUGCCGGAGGACGGGGCUGCCGGCACGUCUGCUAUUACUCAUAGCUGGUUCUGGCCUCGCCUUGGUAAUUGGCUCCGGGAUGGCGACGUUGUGCUCACUGAGACUGGGACCGCCAACUAUGGCGUCUUUGACACUCGAUUCCCUAAGAAUGUCACGAACAUCAGCCAGAUUCUGUGGGGCAGCAUUGGCUAUGCCACUGGGUCUUGUCAAGGCGUAGCACUCGCCUUGAAAGAGUCAGGUGGAAACCGGCGGACUAUCCUGUUCACUGGCGACGGCAGUUUCCAGCUCACCUGCCAGGAAGUGAGCACCAUGAUUCGACACAAUCUCAAUCCUAUCAUCUUCAUUAUCUGCAACAACGGCUACACCAUCGAACGGUUCAUACACGGCAUGGAAGCAGGUUACAACGACAUACAAAAUUGGAAUUACAGACACUUGCUCCCAGCAUUUGGGGCAAAAGAAGGCGGCUACAAAACGUUCCAGGUCAGGACGAAGGACGAAAUGCAGGCAUUGCUUGGAGACGACAACUUCUCCAAAGCUCCGUAUCUGCAGCUUGUCGAGUUGUACAUGCCGUGGAACGAUGCUCCAGCAGGACUUUGUGUGACCGCUGAAGCAAGUGCGCGUAACAAUGCGAGGAUGCUAGAAACAUCGUAG